AUGGCUCCCUCCCUGCCCGAAUUGAUGCUCAGCAUUGAGGACAUCAAGAACGCCGGAUCGAAGAAACUCCCUCUUAAAGCGCGAGAAUUCUACAACUCCGGCUCAACCACCCAAAUCACCGUAACAGAGAACUCAACCGCCUACAAGAAAUACCGACUUCGCCCACGAGUCCUCGUCGAUGUCUCCCAACUAGACCUACGACUCAACCUCUUCAACCAAACUUUCGACUUCCCACUCGGCCUCUCCCCAACCGGCAUCCAAGCAAUGGCACACCCACAAGGUGAACUAGCCAGCAGCCGAGCCAGCGCCCGCCGAAACAUCCCCAUGGCCGUCUCCUCAUUCAGCACGUACCCAGUCGAAGAAGUCGUCCAAGCAGGCCAACAACUCAACCCUUCAGCAACACACACCAUGCAACUAUACACUCUUCGCGAUCGCGCCCUGCAAACCCAAAUCAUCCGUCGCGCCGAAGCAUCAGGCUGCAAAGCCAUCUUCCUCACAGCCGACAGUCCCGUCCUGGGAUACCGCUACAACGAAACCCGCAACGACUUCCGCACCCCCGAGGGCCUCUCCUGGCCCAUGAUGGGCGUAACCUCCGACCAACUACAACAGGUCACACACGACGCAGGCUUCGUCGCAACAAACUCAGACUCACACAGCUGGGCCAAAGAGAUCCCGUGGCUGCGGUCCGUCACGAAGAUGCAAAUCUGGAUCAAAGGCGUCCUGACAGCCGAAGACGUCCUCCUCGCCAGAGAAUACGGCUGUGAUGGGGUAAUCGUGAGCAAUCACGGCGGAAGACAAUUAGACGAGGUCGUACCAACCAUUGACGCACUACCGGAAUGCGUCGAAGCCGCAGCAGGGAAGAUACGCGUCCAUAUCGACGGGGGUAUCCGAACAGGAACAGAUGUCUUUAAAGCAUUGGCAUUGGGGGCUGAGUGUUGCUGGAUCGGGAGGCCAACGAUUUGGGGGUUAGCUUAUGACGGGGAGAACGGUGUCUCUCGCGUUCUGGGUAUUCUCUACGAAGAAUUCAAACGCUGCAUGCAAUUGACGGGGUGUCGUACCUUGGCGGAUGUGACGCCCGCCGCGUUGGCGGUUCUUCGGUCGGAUGGACCGGCUGCGAGGUUGUAG